GGACGGUCCGCGCAGGCGCAGUGUCCCCGGGCCAAGAUGGCUGCGCGGUGUUCCCCACGCUGGUUGCUAGUGGCGGUGGGGACCCCCCGGCUGCCGGCUGCAGCGGGGAGAGGGGCCAAGCAGCCCCAGUGGGGCGUACUGGCAACAUCGUUGGGUCGCAAGCUGAGCGUCUCUGCCUUCGGGCUUUCGUUGGGCGCUCACGGCCCCCGGGCGCUGCUGACAUUGAGACCGGGUGUCCGUCACACAGGAACAAAAAGUUUCCCUUUUGUUUGUACUGCCUCCUUCCACACGAGUGCUUCCUUGGCCAAAGAUGAUUAUUACCAGAUAUUAGGAGUGCCCCGAAAUGCCAGCCAGAAAGAUAUCAAAAAAGCCUAUUAUCAGCUUGCCAAGAAAUAUCAUCCAGACACAAAUAAGGAUGAUCCCAAAGCCAAGGAGAAGUUUUCCCAGCUGGCAGAAGCAUAUGAGGUGCUGAGUGAUGAAGUAAAGAGGAAGCAGUACGAUGCUUAUGGCUCUGCUGGUUUUGAUUCUGGGGCCAGCAGCUCUGGGCAGAGCUACUGGAGAGGAGGUCCCUCUGUUGACCCCGAGGAGCUGUUCAGGAAGAUCUUUGGGGAGUUCUCAUCAUCUCCUUUUGGAGAUUUCCAGACUGUGUUUGAUCAGCCUCAGGAAUACAUCAUGGAAUUGACAUUCAAUCAAGCUGCCAAGGGUGUCAACAAGGAGUUCACUGUGAAUAUCAUGGACACCUGUGAGCGCUGUGACGGCAAGGGGAAUGAGCCUGGAACCAAAGUGCAACAUUGCCACUAUUGUGGAGGCUCCGGCAUGGAAACUAUCAAUACAGGGCCUUUUGUGAUGCGUUCUACAUGUCGGAGAUGUGGUGGCCGAGGCUCCAUCCUCACAAAUCCUUGUGUAGUCUGCAGAGGAGCAGGACAAGCCAAGCAGAAGAAGCGAGUGACAAUCCCUGUGCCUGCAGGAGUUGAAGAUGGUCAGACUGUAAGGAUGCCUGUGGGAAAACGAGAAAUUUUUGUCACAUUCAGGGUGCAGAAAAGCCCUGUGUUCCGGAGGGACGGUGCAGACAUCCACUCCGACCUCUUUAUUUCAAUAGCUCAAGCUGUUCUUGGGGGUACAGCCAAAGCCCAGGGCUUGUAUGAGACAAUCAAUGUGACGAUCCCUGCUGGGAUUCAGACAGACCAGAAGAUUCGCUUGACUGGGAAAGGCAUCCCCCGGAUUAAUAGCUAUGGCUAUGGUGACCACUACAUUCACAUCAAGAUCAGAGUUCCAAAGAGGCUAACCAGUAGGCAGCAGAAUCUGAUCCUGAGCUAUGCCGAGGAUGAGACUGAUGUGGAGGGGACAGUGAAUGGUGUCACCCAAACAAGCACUGGUGGCAGAACCAUGGAUAGCUCCGCAGGAAGCAAGGAUAGGCGAGAGGCUGGGGAGGACAAUGAGGGAUUCCUUUCCAAACUUAAGAAAAUGUUUACUUCCUGAUACCAUGCUGAGGAAAACGGUCGACUGGAAACUAGAUCAGGAGCAGCAGUCCCUCUCCAUGGCCAGGGCAUCUGACACAGGAGAAUACCAGAACAGCAGCACAGAGCCUUGUCUACAGAGCCCUGUGAACCACCUAGCAACUGCAAAACUACGUGAUGACACAUCUCUGCAUAGAAGGUCAUGUUGAUAGCCCCUAGGCGGUGAUGUGUGGCCUUCGGGCUGGUGGAAAUAUCCUGUCCACCUUAGGUGAUUUGCUUCUAGCUCAGGCAGUGUAAAACACUUGGACUCUUCUUGCAGCACUAAAAAUAAUCUGGAAUUGCAUGUAGUAGAGAGCUUAAAAAAAAAUUAAAGGUCGUGCUUAAGCUUAAAAUGAAGCCUUAAGCUGCACACGUUGUGAUUAAUUUCCCUCUCAACAAACCUCAUAGAGGUUCUGAGAUACGUCCUUCCUGACAUGUGGUCUUCUCUAGGACCCAGGGGCAGCACAUCCUUCCUGACAGGCUCUGCUGAGGUAUCUGUCACUCCCCUUGGAGUCAGUUUGUUUUUGUUUUAUUGAAGGUACCAAGCAGCUGGAGAGUGGGUGCUAGGGCUCUGGGAGGCACACUUGUGCAACACAGGCCCUCUGUCCACUUCACCUCAGCUGAUUAGAUUGUUCUAGUUGGGUGUGGGGGUGUUUUCUGCCCUGUUGACCAAAGUUAGCAUGGUCAUCUGGGACAGCCUUCAGCCUCUGGAGACCCAGAGCUUUGCCAGCCAGGGCUCCGUUCUCCCCUCUCCCGCUGCUGACGUUUGAUUUCCAAAGUGUAUUUAAAUUACUCAAUGGUAAGAAUCAUUGUCUUUUCCUGUGUGAAUGUUCAGAGGGGAAAGCACAGUGUCAUGGUGAAGACUCUUCGCUGUGUAAAGCAACCUAUUUCCAGCCUCUGCUGGUAGCAUGUUGCGGUUUCUGUGUUCCAAGGUUCUGGAGCUACUGUAAGACAGCCUAAUGAAGAACACUUUUCUCUGUAGUUUCUUUCUUUUCCUUUCUAAUUUACAAAGUAAAGCAUUUCUUAGUGUCUGCUUUAAUGUAAAGUGAUUCUGUAUCAAUGUAAAUAAGAUGAUCUAGUACAAAAGAUAUUUAAAACCAAAA